AAGCUUUGCAAACUUUUUUCAAACAACAAUUCUUCAAAGUUAAUCUCUAAUGUUGAUAUCUAUCUUGUUGUAGCGACACGCGGGCUCGUUUCCUACGAUCCCGCUCAAUCCUGCAAAGAAAUCAAGGACUUAGGUACCUCUAAUAGAGACGGGGAGUACUGGAUUGACCCUGGAAGGACUAAAAGGCCUUUUAAGGCGUAUUGUGACAUGAAAACUGACGGAGGUAAGGUUUGAGUUGCAGCUGACACCUCUUUUAUCCUGGUCUUAUUUUAUAAAAUAAGUUCACAAAAUAUGCAUUGUUUGUGCCAGGCCUCGUUUCGGGGUCAACUUGAAAGACUGUUAGCAUCUGCUUACCGAAUCACGGAUAUCUUAGUUCGCGGGAGUGAACACAUGGCUGAUGAAAACUGAUUGAAUUUCAGGGGGAUGGCUUCUUGUAUCCAACGUUGUUUCCCACGGUUCAUCUCCCACUCAGUUGCCAGUUAAGACAUCGUACCGCGGAGUAAGCAGCAAAGAGAUGGUACUCACAAAAAGCGCCAUGAAGGAGCUGAGAAAGCACUUGCAUUUUUCUCAGAUCAGAUUCCACUGCAAGAAAAGAGGAGGUCGCACAUUUCACAUCACCACGGCUGCUAAUAGCAAAGGCGAAGCAGUUGUCAAAUAUCUUAGUGGUGAGACAGAUGUGAUACCCUCUUCAUGUGGCUCGUUUGUGAUUAUGAGCAAUGAUAACUCGCGGUUAGCAAGACUCUGCCAACAUUGGGGAUUGGAAAAUGGUUAUUAUAAAGUUGGCAAAUGGGGCCAUGAAAGAGAUCAGGAUAGAUUAUCCUUCCACACUGCUUUUGUAUGGGACUACCCUCGUCAAGGAGUGGGGAAUUAUUUUUGGAAUUUUCAGUCAUCUAGCAGAUGGGAAUGCGACGAUUUUCAUGUUGGAGUGUCCCCUGGUGAUUUUUGGAAAAUAUUCGUUCGCUAG